UCAAGCCAAAUACUUUUCGUUGCCGUUUCCUAACUAUGUCCAGGUUAGUUGAACAUUAAGAUUCGAACUCUUCGGACAUAUACGGCCCAAAAAUAUCAAAAUUGUAUUCAUAUUUUUCCGUGCAAAGCAAGAUAAACAAAUUAUCAUGUGCAACUAUCCCUGCUAUCCUUGCGCCGCCUUGUGUCCCUGCGGCGGUAGUGGACCAAGUGGAUUCUACGAUCCUUGUUUUGGACCCUACAACGGUCCAUUUAACUCUUGGUGUGGGGCAAGCGGUCCCGGUUUCUGGCGUGGUGGUUGCUGCUAAUUCUUGUGAGAGGAAGACUCUAAUACAAACUUAAAUAACUUGCUUGCCUUACAAAAUCUGAAGUCAAACAUAUUUUCCAAUGGCUUGCCACGGUAAAAAGGAAAACCUAAUGUCGAAAACGAAGAGUAGAAUGUUUAUUUAAUAAAUUGUUCAAACUA